CCAAUAGCUAACUUCACGUCUGAAAUAAAGCUGGUGGAACACAAAGAGCAGCACUGAGGACCCGAGCAGCAGAACGUCUUCAGGAUCUGGACGGAGGGAGCAUCCAUCCAUCCAACCACAGAGACGUCUCUGCAGGUCUCAGUAUGGAGUUCGUGCACGUUGUGAUGUUCGGCUUCAUCUCCGCGCUCGCCGCAGCUCAGGUCCCACACUGGGGCCCGUGUCCGGAACCAGAGGUCCAACAAGCCUUCAGCCUCAAACAGUUCAUGGGGAGAUGGUUUGAGAUCGCCAAACUGCCCGCUCAGUUUGAGAAGGGCCGCUGCAUCGAGACCAACUUCACCCUCCGGACAGACAGCUCCAUCCGAGUGGUCAGCUCAGAAAUCCUAAAAGGAGAGCUGAAGAAGAUCGAAGGGACCGGCAUCAUAGAAGAUCCAAAGAAUCCAGCCAAGCUGGGGAUAACCUACUCCUACGUCCUGCCAUACUCCCCGUACUGGAUCCUGUCCACGGACUACGUCAACCAGGCGCUGGUGUAUUCCUGCACCGACGUCCUCAGGCUGUUCCAUGUGGACUUUGCCUGGGUCCUGGGCCGAACGCGGAGCCUGCCAGAGUCCGCCAUCGAGAAGGCCAGGGAGGUGUUCGCCCGCAACAACAUCGACGUGACCAGGAUGAUUCCCAGCAGGCAGCUGGGCUGCGACAAAACCCUCUGAGUCCUUUCAGCUUCAGACGCUGAGGGGCAGAAACCGCUGACUUCCUGUUUCCUGUGAACUGAUUCCUCCACCUUACAGGAAAACAGAGAUUACUCAAUUAGAAUCUGAUCACACAGAUCUUUAUUGGAUUUACAAACUGGAAUGAUGUCAAAAUAGAAAUGAGAGAAAUGUGAUCUUUGCUGGUUAGAAAGGUUGGGUUGUGCAGCGGCUCCUGAAACUGAAAAUAAUCCACGUUUGGUGUAUUUGGAGCAUAAGUUUGAGACCCGUCAUUGUCUAAACAUGUUAUGUUGUUGCAGCAGAAAAGAUGCAAACUCAAAAGUCACAAUAGCCAAGAGAAACCUCCAGAGGAUAAAUCUAAUUGGUGAAAAGUGUAACAUUUUAAAUGUCUAUCAUCAAUAAAAUAACAAGACGUACGUAACAUAA